CAGGACCCAAUAUUUCAGCUACAAUGAAUUUACACUGCAGAGGCCAUAUUUUAUGAGUGUAGCGUGUCAUCGCCCACUCAGAAGCCUACUGUUCGCGCCAUGGUUUAUUCGCUCCGUUCUUUUGACCCAUUUAUAACACAUCGACCACAAUAAACCGUGACGCAUGCACCGCGCAGCAGUAUGUGAGUAGUAACUGGGAGGUAUUACCGGGACACCCACCCCACCUACACCCAGGCCUGACCACCUGACCUCGUUAGACUCUCGAGCACGUCACCCCGUCCAGCGUAGCCAGUCAGCACCCCGAUAACCACAUGCUUUCAUCGUACCUGGAUGGCGUGCUUCGUCAAGAGCGAUCGAUACAUUGAAAACCUAACCUUCAAUUCGUUACCAGGAAAAAGACAUAACUAGUAGCGUAUCUUAAACCGGUCUUAAACAGCCUGUAGUCAAUAGAUAAAAUGGAGUAAACGGAUAUGGCGACCUUCGCUUUUGUUUAUGGAAAGUAAGUCACCGAGUCAACAAGAAAAAGGAAUCGGCGAACCGGUGCUAGAUAAAGAAAUCAGAAACCCGUCGUCUGAAAUAAACGGAGAUGAAUCCUGAAACUGAAGUGAGCGGAACUCUGAAGGAAUCGCUGAAGAAAUUCACCUUGGUCGGCGAUUGUAGCGCCCUCCCUGACCAGUUUUCACAAUUUGUUGAACCGUUAGCUAAUCUCGACACGGUCCUCACUUCACAAAAAGAGAAAACCUCCAGGUAUGAAGUAAUCAUUCACACCAGUGACGUGCCCUUCGCAGGAACAGACGCCGACGUGUACCUCGUGUUGAUGGGUGAGAAGACGUCGUCGGCGGUGUACACGCUGGGUCGUCAGGCGCGAUGCUUUGAACGCGGCAUGAUGAAUGUGUUAAAGUUGGAUGCGGAAAACGUUGGGUCAUUAAAAGAGCUUGUGAUUGGCCAUAACAGCAAAGGAGUUUGUCCAGAUUGGCAUCUAGAUAAGGUCAGCGUCGUGAAAUACCUAAACAAAACUGAACAAGAAGCGCGCCUAUCGGAGCUGAGGGACGAUCCACAUUGCCCCGAGGGGGUGUUUCAUGAAAAUGGCCUGAUAGCUAAACUCCCUUUCACGGAUAGAUUUUACUUUCAUUGCGGUCAAUGGUUAAACAAGAAAAAUGGUAUUCGGAAACUCGUUUGUUCUAAAAAAGAAACUGAAUUCGUUGAAACACAUUUACCCGGCACGGCUAGAGAUGAACAGACAGAUAUUCAACAGGAAGUAAAAGGAUUGGACCCCACUGUGAGUACGCCCGGGGUAGUAAUUGCACCUCCAAAUGAAGAACCACAAGUUUGGAUAGUUGGAGAGCCACCUGCGCCACGGAUUGGCCAAGCAUGAUGAAAUCGAUUUAGUUGUUGAUGUAUUCAACGAUGGGACCUUUACCAUAGUUUGACACCCAAUAGCGCCGGGGUGUUAUUAAACGUUCAUUCAUUCAUUCAUUCAUUCAACGAUGGGACCUUUACCAUAGUUUGACACCCAAUAGCGCCGGGGUGUUAU